UAAACUUUACAGGGAGAUAAUAAUAAACAUCCCAGUAAGUGACGAUGUUCCGAUCCCUAGGAAUAUUUUUCUGCUCUUUGGCUUUGUUAUCAGCAGAACAAUCAUGUUCAAAAUUUCACUAUGAGGAGCAAACAUUAAGAAAGAUGAUUACGGUGGAGAUUUUAGUGGACAAACUUAAGGCGGACGUUGAUGAAACUAAAGGAAACCUUCACGACACAUUGGCUUAUAUAACAACUGAACGAACUGAAUCUACCAAAAUGCUUAAACAAAUAACAUCAAGGAUCGUGGAUAUUGAAAAUAUUUUGAAGGACUUAAAACCUGAGAAAGAUAAAGCAGAAAUAAUUCACUUUAGUGCAAGAGGAAUCAAGAAUAAGUCACCUGCUAUAAAAGAAACACUGGUAUUUUCAUCAAUUAUGUCAAACAAUGGAUCAGCGUAUGACAAAACAACUGGAAUAUUCACGGCACCUGUUGGAGGACUUUACAUGUUUAAUCUUCAACUUUGCAUCACAUCGGACAAAUAUUUGUAUUUUGAGAUCGUUGCCAAUGACCAAGCAAUUUUUAGAGGCCUAGGACUCGAUGAUACAAGUAGAUGGUCAACAUGCCAUUCAUAUAGUACUUCUACCUUACUGAAAGCAUUGGAUAAGGUUUCAGUUAAAGCUGCAAGAACAAAUGGGGGCGCUCUUUGGGAAAGUGACCCUGAUACUGGAAUAUGUUCAACGGAUUUCUCAUUCUAAAAUAUUAACAAAAAAAAAAACAACAAAAAAACACAAACAAAAAACAGCAAGACAAAAUAUUGCUUUGAAGAAUUGUUAACAAGAGACACGUAACCUUAAGUGCUAAAAUCAUAAAUCAAACCUUUAUAUGACAUAACCUACUUCUUGCUGGAAUUGUUUUUGACUAGAAUUUUAUUUAAAAAAUGUCAAUUUAGACCACCAGUGGCUUUACAAGAAGAUCAUUUAAUAAUAAUCCGGUGCUCACAAGACACUGCAAUACCUUUUAUAAAGACAAUGUCAAAGUCUAUUUCCUUCAUCUCUCCUUUGAAUAUAAUAUAUGUGUAUUAGAAUGUUUUUAUUGAUAAAAAGGCAUAACUGGUUGCCAUAAUUUGUGA